GGGUAAGUUGUGUUUAAACGGUUUAUACAUUAUAAGCAUUGGGAUAUAUACAUACAUAAAUUAAAGUUUCUUUUGGCGGUGGUGGUUGGUGGUUGGUGGCGGUGAUUAAAGAUGGGAAGACAACCAUGCUGUGAUAAACUAGGGGUGAAGAAAGGGCCGUGGACGGCGGAGGAAGACAAUAAACUCAUCAAUUUUAUCCUAACCAGCGGCCAAUGUUGUUGGCGAGCUGUCCCAAAGCUUGCCGGCCUCCGCCGGUGUGGUAAGAGCUGUCGUCUCCGAUGGACCAACUACCUCCGACCCGACUUGAAGCGUGGCCUACUCACUGAGUCUGAAGAACAACUCGUUAUUGAUCUCCAUGCUCGUCUCGGCAAUCGGUGGUCCAAGAUUGCAGCAAGAUUGCCGGGACGAACUGAUAAUGAGAUAAAGAAUCAUUGGAAUACUCAUAUCAAGAAAAAACUAAUAAAAAGAGGAAUUGAUCCCGUUACUCAUGAGCCGCUUCAGAAGGAACCUCAGGACACAGAGACAUCAUCUUCUCCUGGAGAACGCUCUGCAGAAUCCGAAAACAACAACCAUUCAUUGCCCCUGGAAAGUGUCAAUACCACAGGAAGCUCGGAGGAGAACUCGAGCUCCUCGCCACCUGAAAAUUGUUCAACUUUGAGUGAUGAACCCGAAAAAUUGUUUGAAAGCCUUUGUGAAGAUGAAAAGUUGUUAAGCUACCUCCUAGGUGACGAUGAGCCCCCACUUGUUGAUACGACAUCUUGGGAUUUACCAAAUAAUGCACACAAUUUCAAUAAUUGUACCGGCAGCUUCACCUCAUGGGAUGAUUGUGCUACGUGGCUAUUGGAUUGUCAAGAUUUUGGAGUUAAUGAUUUUGGGUUAGAUUGUUUCAACCAAGUUGAAAUGAGCAUCUUAGACACACUAGAGGUCAGUAGCAACCAACAAAAAUAAUGCUAUUCUGGUUCAAAGGAGUAAGAUUAUGCUGUUCUAUGACCUCAUUGGACCAUGCAUAAUCUUUGUAGGUCCCAUGAGUCUGUAGAACAGUACCGGUCACAUCCUAUGAACUAGAUCAACGCGUUGGCCCAAUUUUUCAUGAUAUUGAAAUGAGAAGACUCGUCGAAGAGAUGGAAACGAGAAACGACCAUUGUCUUGCUGUUAAGUAUAUGUUUAGUGAAUUUUAGGUCUUUUAGUGUUACUAAGCACCAUGUAUUUGAUGGUAGAAGAGACCGAGCUUUCUCACCAUCAAUUAGGUAAAUUAUGAAAACCAAGCCCAAAAGUUUAGCUACUUGGUAAAAGUGGGAACAUAUGUCAAAUACCAAGAACUUUAAGGGGUCUUUGUGCAUAUGAAAAGUUCUUGUAUAUGUUUUCUUUUGUUAAAACAA